AGAACAUCUGUGCAAGUGCGUGUGUGAAGUGAGAUAAUUCAAAAAAGGUGUUUGCGAAUUUUUAAAAAAUAUUUAUCGGAAUGUUAACAGUUUCACAGUUCGUGUGAACAAUUAUAAACAUGAUUGAACAAUUCGUCUUAAAAGGACCGAUUUUCACAGAUAGGUGAAAAAUUAUGGAAGAAUAUGAAGAUGAACCAGAUAUAAAUGAACAAAUUUUUCACAACAACGUGAGGGAGCAAAUUAUAUUCCUCCUGCUCUUCAUCAUCUUAUACGUAUCAAGUUUCGCCUUGCUGUGCAGAUUCAAACGUCGAGGCAGAGAAGACUACUUCAGUACCGACGAAGAUGAAGUCACCGUUUAUAGGAUCAGCACGUGGCUAUGUUCUUUCUCUUUGGCGGUUUCUAUAUUGGCAGUACUACUGCUGCCCAUAUCGAUCGUCUCCAACGAGGUGCUGGUCAACUAUCCCAACAGCUAUUACAUAAAGUGGCUGAAUUCAUCGCUUAUACAAGGUUUAUGGAAUUACGUGUUCCUGUUCUCUAAUCUCUCUUUAUUUAUCGCCCUCCCUUUUGCCUACCUGUUCACCGAAUCUGAAGGAUUCUUCGGUCAUCGCAAAGGACUGACGGCACGAGUGUACGAAACCUUCACCGUCCUGGGUCUACUGGCACUCGUAGUCUUGGGCAUGACCUAUGUGAUAUCUGCACUUAUCGAUAAGGAUAAAUCUAGUAUACAAACAAUCUUAAGCCUUUGGACUUAUUACCUGCCAUUUUUAUAUUCCUGCAUAUCAUUUUUUGGGGUCUUGAUGCUUUUAGUAUGUACCCCGUUAGGAUUCGUAAGACUUUUCGACGUAGUCGGCCAGUUUCUCGUCAAACCCCAGUUUCUUCGCGAUCUCAACGAAGAGUAUUUCUCGUGCGCCUUAGAAGAAGAGUGUCUUCGCAGACGCUUCAAACAAGCUCAAAAAACCGGGAAGUCCUACGUGGAUCCGGCGCCCAUGUCCAUCGGCUUAGAAGGGCCUAUCAAAGACGCCGACUACCAUUUGCCUGAAAAUUUGUUGAGAUUGAGAAACGGAGAGUUGCAGUUUGGACUCGCUAAAAGACUGAGUGAAAUCGAGAAGAGGAGACAAAUUUUAGAUAAACAGAGACAAACUUCUUCUUUUCGAAGAAACGUCGUUUAUCCAAUAGCUAUGCUACUUCUUCUCAGUUUAACGGUGAUAGCUGUGCUACUAGUAGUACAAAACACUUUAUCGCUGCUUAUAGGCAUUAAAGCUUUACCAAUCAGCUCGAAGCAAUUUACUCUAGGAGUAAGUUCCUUAUCGAAGCUGGGACUGUUCGGAGCCUCAUUAGAAAUAGUUUUGAUCGUUUACCUAAUCGUCACUUCGUCCAUCGGGCUGUACACGGCGCCGUGCAUGAAGAGAAUAAGACCAAAGCCUAGGAGUACCCCGUUUAGCAUCGUGAUAGGCAACUGCGCCCUACUAGUUAUUAUCAGUUCAGCUUUACCAUUGUUAUCGAAAAUAUUAGGUAUAACAAAUUUCGAUCUUCUGGGCGACUUCGGAAGCAUCGAGUGGCUAGGCAACUUCAAGAUAGUCCUCUUGUAUAACAUCCUCUUCGCCACAGCGUCUACGCUCUGCGUGGUCAACAAGUUCACAGCCAAAGUCCGUCGAGAGCUCUACAACCGAUUUCUGACUUUCUUGGACAUCAAAACUGAAGUGACCACUGUGUCUGUUCCUAACACUCCACGGUCAUCUAUCCACAAGUAUGAAUAAAAUAUAUAUUAUAGAUUUUUUACAAUAAGUGGUAAUAUAUGUCGAAAAUCUACAGAAAAUGUUCAAAAAUCAACUAAACCUGUAUGUAAUAUUUAUUAUAUGUUAUGUUUAAUACAUCAAUAUAUUUCGUAUGAUUUUAAUUUGCUCAAUAUUACAUUGUCAUAUAUCUAGUCGUAAGUUGUAUUCUUAUUUAUAUUAUGUUCAGCA